ACAUUCGUAGGUUAAAUUUGAACGGUUUGAUAGUAGAGUAGUUGAUGUUGAAGACCAAAAGGAUGGUUUUGUCCAUGAAUGAGAAAUAUGUUCUCACUGUAUUAUUUUCGACAUAUAUUAAUUUUAAUUUUUUUAAAAAGUUGGUCUGAAAGCCUUAAUAAUUUUAACGUUUUUACAAAUGAGGCUUUGGACUAUCUGGAGUCUAGGUAUGGACCAUAUCCUGAAAAGUUAAGGUUAGAUAUGCUGAAUAAGGCAAAAGAAAUGUUUUAUUUUGGGUAUGAUAACUAUUUAGAGCAUGCCUUUCCUUUGGAUGAACUAAAUCCAAUAUUUUGUAAAGGUCGGGGUCCAGAUCAUGACAAUCCGUCCAAUAUCAAUAUCAAUGAUAUUCUUGGAGAUUAUUGCCUUACUCUCAUUGAUGCCUUAGACACGUUGGCUGUGAUGGGAAAUGUAUCACGAUUCCAAGAAGCUGUUGCUCAUGUUGUUCGCUUUGUAGAUUUUGAUAAAGACAAUGUAGUUCAAGUAUUUGAAGUCAACAUAAGAAUCAUUGGUGCUUUGCUGUCAACACACCUGUUGAUCAAAGACGAGAGUGAGCCAUUUGGAAAACUGGCACCUGAUUGGUAUGAAGACCAAUUGCUAUACCUAGCUCAUGACCUGGCUACUCGUCUCAUACCUGCCUUCGAGAAUAGUCCUACAGGCAUUCCCCUACCAAGGGUGAAUCUGCGUCAUGGGGUUCCUACCAAGCCCUUGUCAACAGAGACAUGUCCUGCCGGUGCUGGCUCUCUCCUUCUUGAGAUGGGAAUUCUCAGUAGGCUACUCAAUGAUCCUGUUUAUGAGGGUUAUGCACGCCGUGCCAACAAAGUUCUGUGGAAUUCUCGUGCCAAAAAUACUGGAUUACUCGGCAAUUCAAUUGAUGUGCUGUCAGGCAAGUGGAUAGGCCGCCUCAGUGGUCUGGGGGCAGGGCUAGACUCAUACUAUGAAUACUUGCUCAAAUCUUACAUCAUGUUUGGAGAGACAGAGGACUACUUCAUGUUUUCUGACAUAUACAAGAGUAUUUAUGAACAUAUGCGACAAGGGCGACCUAAUUGUAACAAGGGAGUAGGAGAUCACCCUCUCUUCAUCAAUGUGGACAUGAAUACAGGUUCAGUUUACAACACUUGGAUGGAUUCUCUCCAGGCAGCAUUUGCUGGAAUACAAGUGUUACAUGGUGAUAUUGAGGAAGCUAUCUGCACGCACGCCCUUUACUACUUACUCUGGAAGAGGUAUGGUGUCAUGCCAGAGCGCUGGAAUUGGAAGACACUCACACCAGAUGUGGCAUUCUAUCCUCUUAGACCGGAGCUAAUAGAAUCUACUUAUCUAUUGUACCAGGCUACAAAGAGCCCUUUCUAUCUGCAUGUUGGUCAAGAGAUCCUAGAGAACUUAAAUAAAUAUACAAAGACUGUUUGUGGAUAUGCCACAGUUCAUAGUGUUUUUGAUAUGAGUCUGGAAGAUAGGAUGGAGUCAUUCUUCCUCAGCGAAACUACUAAAUACCUUUACUUGCUAUUUGAUAAGGAUAACUAUGUUAAUCAACAUUUUGAUAAGUACAUAUUCAGCACUGAAGGUCAUCUAUUUCCUGUUGAUGCUAAGUUUCGGGAGAAACCCUGGGUUGAAGCAAAUAUUCCAACUGUGCCUCUUUCAAAUUUCAACAUUUCUGAGCCUACAUGUGAGUCUGUAGAUAGUUCCAAGAAAUACUUUCUGCCCCUGAAGAGCAGGUAUCUGGACCAAAUCGCAGUUACUGUAGGAGUCCAAGAGUAUUAACAUGCCAUAAUUCAUAACUUCCAACUUGUUAUUACUGUUAAUGUUAUUUGUUACAGAAUUAUCUAUUUUUCCAGUUAUGUUUGCAGAAAUUUAUUGGUUGAGUGAUUAUAGUGUAUAUUGUGAAAUCGCAGACAUAAUCUAGAUACUUUUAAAUAGUAAUAGUAUUGAAAUUGAACGCUGCAAAGAAAUAUUUUUGUACAAGUCAAUGAAUGUUUUUAUUUGUUAUAAAAAUAGUUUUUGGAAUAUCU